CUCUCCCAUGGCCUCACAAUGAAAGGACCACCCCAGACACACUCCUCCCUCAUCUUGCUCUUCACUCCAUCAUCAUACUCUCAUCAAUUUUACAACACCAACAACAACCAGCCAAGCCAAGCAUUCAUUGAUUAAUAUAUGGAGCUCAUCUCCUUCCCCAGCACAGUUGCUAGAGUUCCACCAGCAAGAGGAGCAGUGCUAAUGAGAAGUAGACAAUGGCAAACCUGUAUUAUCAGGAAUGGUGGAAUAGCUGAACCAUCAGGCAUGCCUGCACCAAUGGGACAAAAGACACAGUACAAAGAUGGCUUUUUUGAAAAGGCUUUCAUGUCUUUGUUUGCCCGGAAGAUGGGAAAGUUUGCUUCAGACACUAAGUCAAACAACAACAACAACAACAACAACAACAACAACAACAAGAGUAAGAAAGGCUUUUGGGAUUGGGACUAUGAGAGCUUUGUUGAUGUCUCAAAGAGAGUUAUGAUGGGUAGGAACAGGACCCAGCAACAGCUUGUUGUUAGAGAGGUCCUUCUUUCUAUGCUCCCCCCUGGUGCUCCUGCUCAGUUUAGGAAAUUGUUUCCACCAACAAAAUGGGCAGCUGAAUUCAAUGCUGCAUUGACAGUGCCUUUCUUCCAUUGGCUUGUUGGUCCAUCUGAGGUUGUGGAAGUUGAGGUGAAUGGUGUAAAGCAAAAGAGUGGGGUGCAUAUAAAAAAAUGCAGGUAUUUGGAGAACAGUGGUUGUGUUGGAAUGUGUGUCAAUAUGUGCAAGUUUCCAACUCAGGAUUUCUUCACCAAUGACUUUGGACUUCCUUUAACCAUGAAUCCAAAUUUUGAAGACAUGAGUUGUGAAAUGAUUUAUGGCCAAGUCCCACCUCCUUUUGAAGAGGACCCUGUUUCCAAGCAGCCUUGCUAUGCUGACUUCUGUUCCAUAGCCACUCCCAGCUCUCCAAUUUGUCCUAAAUUACAAGCAUGAUAAGAAGAUUUGCGGUAAAAAUUAUAUUACAUUAAUCAACAUAUGGCCAGUUAAAAUGAAUUCUUCCGCCAAAUCAGAAGCAAUCCAUCAAGAAGAUGAACGCUUGACUGAGAAUUUUACUGUAUAAUUUGCAUGAACUCAUAGUAAUACCUGCCAAAAUAAAGCUGUAAUAUAAUUAUUUUUAUAUGUUUUGUAAAUAUGGAGAUUACAUGGGUAGUAAAGACAUGAAAUUAGUUGUUCACA